CCAUUGCAACCUUGGGAGACAACUGGUCCGCUAGCAUAAAGAGAAAUGAGUCAUCUGGCUAUAUUUCUGGUCUAUUUACUUUCGCUAUCAAGAGCAAAAGCAUCAACUAAUAUUGGUGUGAACUAUGGCCAACUUGGGAACAAUCUACCCUCUCCACAUCGGUCCAUUGAGUUACUAACAACAAUGAAAGUUAGCCGCGUGAAGCUCUACGAUGCCAACCCCGAGAUUUUAAAGAUUUUAUCAACCACCAACCUCAAAGCUUCUAUCAUGGUCCCAAACCACGAAAUCUCAAGCAUUGCAGCAAACCAAACCAUGGCUGACGAAUGGGUGAAGAACAACGUCCUCCCCUACUACCCCAAAACCAUGAUCCGCUACCUUCUUGUGGGAAACGAAGUUCUGAGCUACAAUUCAGAACAAGGCCACAAAAUGUGGCAUGACCUUGUCCCAGCAAUGCAAAGCAUUGAAAGAUCCCUCAAGGCUCAGAACAUCAGAGACAUCAAAAUCGGUACCCCAUUAGCGAUGGAUGUGAUGCAAUCAACGUUCCCACCAUCAAGCGGCACAUUCAGAUCAGACAUAAGAGACACCGUGAUGGCACCAAUGCUGAAUUUCCUAGACAGAACCAAGUCGUUUUUCUUCAUCGACGCAUACCCCUAUUUCCCGUGGUCACAGAACCCCUACAACAUCAGCCUCGACUUUGCCCUAUUCAGGGGAAAUUCAAGCAUCAGAGAUCCUGCCAGUGGCUUAGUCUACACCAACUUGUUAGACCAAAUGCUUGACUCCCUCAUCUUCGCAAUGUCUAAACUCGGGUACCCCAACAUCAACCUCGUAAUAUCCGAAACAGGAUGGCCCAACUCUGGCGACAGAGAAGAACCUGGAGCAAACACAUUCAACGCCGCCACAUACAACCAAAACCUAAUCCACAGAAUGACAACAAAACCACCCAUUGGAACCCCAGCUAGACCAGGGAUCGCAAUACCAACCUUCAUCUUCUCACUGUUCGAUGAAAAUCAAAAGCCAGGGCCAGGAACAGAGAGACACUGGGGCUUAUUACACCCUGAUGGAACCCCAAUUUAUGACAUUGACUUAUCAAGCCAGACCUAAAGAAACCCAUCAAUUUAUAGGUUUCAAAGCUUUCGAAUGUAACACUUAAAAACGCUUUUAAAAAAA